CCUAUGCGAUUGCUGGGGUCCUCAUGAUAUAACAACAUCAUGGCGUCGUCCAGUCGAACACAAGUUCUCUCCCUCUAUCGGAUGCUUAUAAAGGAGAGCAAAAAAUUCCCCUCUUACAACUACAGGACGUAUGCCCUACGCAGGGUGAAAGAUGGCUUUAGAGAGAACCUUGCUGUGGACAACCCUAAAACACUGGAUGUGCUUUUAAACCAGGCCAGAGAGAGUCUUGCAGUCAUUAAGAGACAAGUGACCAUUGGACAGUUCUACACAACCCAGAAGAAUGUGGUUGAGGGCCUAAGGAACGUGAAUUUCUGAGAGCUGAGCCAAUGGUUUUGGUGGGGACCAGCAGCAGAGAAGGUUUAAUGUAUAGGCAUCAGAUGAACAUGCAAACCUUCAAUGUAUACAUAUAGCAAAAGUUAAGUGUACAUUUAAAUGUAUAUUAUUAUGUUAAUCUUUUGUUGUCCAUGUCAAGAUUAUGUAAUACAACAUCUCUAUUAAAUAUGUAAUUCUAAA